GCGCAUUGCAGAAAAACAACAACAACAACUUGUAAUCGCCAGUGCCAAAAUAGAUAUGAAAGUAAAUUAAACGAAGAUGUGUGGUGUUUUUAAUGGGUAUGAGUUGCUACUGUUUAAAAAGUUCGACCAACAUCCAGCAGAAUGGAUUGAGUGGAGGGACAAGCUGAGAGAACGUGAGGAAAAGGGCACGGACAUGUACUGUGAUAUACCAGAGGAGUUGUGGUUUCUAGUGGCUACAUUACGCUCGAGACCUCAAUAUUUGAUGCAGCUAGUGAGAGAUGAGAUUGAUAAAAACAGAGACAAUCACAUGCGCAGGACAGGCAGUACCCUGUUGACUACGUAUCUCAACAUGUACCAAUUCACAGAGUUCCAUUUAGAUAGCAUCUUCAAAUAUGGGGAGGAUAACAGCUUGCCAAAAGAGAUCUUCAAGUGUCCAAAUAUCCGCCAUCUGUCCCUCAAGUACAACUGCCUCUAUUACAUACCGCCUGAUAUCGGUCGACUCCAACAGCUCGAGUACCUGGCUCUAACCAACAAUCGCCUCCAUGUCCAGUCCAUCCCUCACACGCUGAUCUUCUGCACAAAACUUCACACCCUGCUACUUGACAACAAUCACCUUGACGCUCUGCCGGGAUUUCUGCUCCAGAUGCCCAACAUCGAGACAGUCCAUCGCCAUGGAAAUCAUAACUACUUCAAGUCCACUUUCAUGUGGUACCACACUGAUGUGUACUGUAGAAUAAUGCCCCUCGCCAGUUCAGAUGGCGCCAAAAAACAGACUAUGUCCCUUCAGUUCUGGGCCGCAAAGGCCCUUAUAGGGACAAGAAGGAACUUUUUCACAGAUGACAAUGUUGCGUCUGUGUUGAAAGAUUACUUGUGUGACGUUUAUGAGAUGUUUAAUGUGUGCCACAAGUGUGCACGGGCAAGCUCGAGUAAUAAACCAGGUUUUAAAGUGAUAACAUUCAAGAACCCCUACCUAGGGAACACAUGCGUGCCAUUUCAGCACUGGGUGUGUUCCCUGGAGUGUGCACGAGACCUCGAGGUGCCAGCAAGGCAUGAACAGGUCAGGAAAAUGAAAGAAGCAGACACCCGGUACGAACGCUAUGUGCGCGAGUGUCAGAAACAGUUCAACCUACACAAGAGAAAAUCUGGCCCUAUUUCAUGCAUAUCGAGAGAGGCUGUUGAUACAGAUGAGGAGGAAGAAGAGGAUGAAGAGAAGUCAGAAAAUGGCUGUGAUGUGUGCAGUGACUCGUGUGUAGAUGUUGGAGAUAUUAGCAUUGAGACUGAGAGUGAGUUUGAGUUUAGUGUGGUGCAGCCUAAUGUAACUCUAAUGCAAAAAAAUAGUAGUGACAGACACUGCAUCAUCAUGUAACUCAGUAUUAACACUUACAGUUGGACUGUUAGGGUUUUGUUUAUUCAAUUUGUUCGAGUUUUAAGCUACAGCAUGGGCCUAUAUGAAAUGAUAUCAUAUUGGUCUAUGUAGAUCUUUAAGCUAAGAUCUAUUUGGGAUACACAGUUUGUUGUUGUUCUGACACAAAAGUUGAAAUACAUUUACUAGAAUGCAAUACAGACUGUUAUGAAUGGCGUUAUUAUAUACAAAAAACAUCCUAAGGUGUUCAUUUACUAAUUGUAAAAGUUAAAAACAUUAAUAGCCCAUUUCAUGCAAGCAUUUUGAUUGGCCAGUACAAUUACAAUCAUGAUAAAGAAUAUGAAAUAUUUCCACAAACAAAAUUCAGUGUAAAUAUUAGACUUUAUUCUAGUGUGUUAUUUAUGCUAAUUGAUAAUUUAUAGAAUUAGUAUAUAGGACUCUCCCAUCCUUCUAAGUUGGAUCAAUUUAUUUCCAAAAUUAGGGAUGUCUAGUAUAUUUAUUUCUAUAUUUAGAACAAUUCUUACAGAAAUUCAUUUAAGCAAACAGCGUAGACCCAGAUCUGGGUUUACGCUGUUUGCAAUGUCCUUUUUUCAGGACGCUAGGCAUGAACGGGUUAAUGAGAGUCCGAUUAAUGUGACCUCACUAAAGCCACAGCAAAAAUUUGAAGUAAAGGACAUUGACUAAUGCAUCGAGUCCUGGUUGAUGUUUUCAUUUAACUGUUACAUUUAAAAUAUUUAUAUGUAGUCCAAAAUGAUACAAACAUCAAUAAAACUGGUAGUUGUUGACUACUGAAUGAAUCUACAUGUUAUGUGAUGGCAAGGUAUAGCACGGUGAUACUUGUUCAUUAGUUUGAAAUUACUGGCUGGUUGUAAACAAUAGAUCUGUAAGUUCAUUUAUUACCUCACCUGAGCACAACAUGCUCAUAGUGAGCUUUUGUGAUCACCUUUUGUGUUGUUUGUCACCUGUGAUCCUUUGUCUGUCAUCAAAAUCGACCUAUUUAGCUCUUCAGAGUCCUAAUUUAUUGCCCAAUCUUCAUGAAACUUAACCAGAACAUUUUUUCCCAAUGAUAUCUUUACCAAGAUUGAAACAGGGUAACAUAGGGUCAAAACUAGUUCUCUACAUCAAAUUGGAAUCAAAUUAAAUAUAAAGCUUGCGAACAUUGUAGAAAUCACAACUUUUGCCCAAUCAUAAUGAAACUGUUCAGAACAUUUUGUCUAAUGAUAUUUCAUCAGAGUUCAAGUAUCAAGUAUCCUGCUGUAUCGAAAAAACAUGGCAGCCAAGGAAGCAGGGCAGUAACUAAUAUUGCUGUAAUAUAGCCUCGUGAAAACUCAAGAAAUUUCUUUUUGUAAAACAAACUUGCUCAUAUUUUUUUUUUAAAUAUCCCAGCUGAGGUUAAAAAUGGUUUUAAAUAAUUGAAAAACCUGAGCGCCAGGGUAUGGGGCAGUUUCAGUAUAGGGCUGUUAUCAAAUCUUGUAGACACCUUGAAAAUCACAUUUUUUGCGCCAUGUUCACGAAACUUGCUUAGAACAUAUGUUUUGAUAAAACCUCAGCAGAGUUUGAAAAUGGUUCCAGUCAGUUGAAAAAACCUGGGCUGCCAGAGGGCGGGUUAGUUUUUCUAUAUGGCUCUAGAGUUUGAUAAUGGUUACAAUCAUUUGAAAAGCAUGUCCAGAAUAAUGCGGAACCAUUUCCUUAUUAGGCUAUUGAGAAACCUUGUGAAUACACUAGAAGUCGCGAUUUGUGCCCAAUCAUAUGAAACUUCCCCAGAGCAUUUGUUCUUUGAAGUCACAUGAUAGCUGAGUUUGAAAUGGGUUCUGGUCUAUUGAACAAUAUGGCCACCUGGGGACGUUGCAGUUUUCCUUAUAAUGGCAAUAGGGAUAACUUGUAAACAUUCAGGUCCAUUUUUUUACAAUCUUUAUGAAAUUUAUUUAGAUAUUUGUUUUAAGUAUAUCUUGGUCGGGAGGGAAAAUGUUUUCUUUCUGUUUAAAAGAACUGUUGGGGAUAAGAUGUUACUUUCAUUAUAAUGGCCAUAGUGAGACAAUACCAUCUCAGAACAGUUAAGUUCAUUUAGGUCUCAGGUGAACGUCUUAGGAUCUUUGGUCAUCUUACUUUAAUGGACCUUGGUUGAAAACUGAAGAGCUGUGAUAUAUGUUUAUAUAUAGUUUAAUGAUAUGUAAGACUAUUAAUACAGUAUCCUUAAAUCUUCUGUGAAGAAAAUGAUACAUGUAUAAUUACAGUACAUGUGUGUAUUUAUUAUUUUAUGAUGUUUAAAGACAUUUCAACCGGUAUGUUGACAAUUACUAUUAAUCAUGUUAAGCCAUUAGCUUAUUUUGUGCAUUGUUUUUUUACAUUUUUCUUGUGACUCGUAUAUGCUUUAUAUUUGUAUGUUAAUUUCAAUAGUGCAUAAUAGUUAUGAUGUAUAUUAAUAUUAUUAUCCGCCGCCAUCGGCGGAGGGAUAUUGUUUUGGCGUUGUUCAUCCGUCUUUCCGUUUGUCUUUCCGUCGGUCCGUCCGGAGCCAUAUCUUGGAGGUGCUUUGGCGGAUUUCAUUGAAACUUGGUAUGAGUAUAUAUAUAUAUUUGGAUAAGAGUAUUAUGCACGCCAAAUGGCGUUGUACACCAUCUUGUAAUAACAGAGUUAUGGCCCUUUGUAUCUUGAAAAAAUGCUUUUUUAAGUGUCAAAUAUAACACUUUUGUGUCCAGAAGCAUAUUGGCGGGGGAUAUCAAUUGAACGAAUUUGCUUGUUUGUAAUUGAAGUACCACUGUUAAAAACAGUUUGAUACGGCUGUAUGUGGGAACAUGCCAGUGGGCAUAUGGGCAACUCAAUCUUUGUCCAGUGCAUACUUUGUCUAGCAUAUAUUUGAUUUUAAAAUGACUUGGCAGAAGUGUUAAGCAUGAGGAGACAGUGUUACUCAAAAGUAUCAGCCCUCUUGGCAAAAGGUUAAGGUCAAGGUCAUGAUUAAAAGUCUGAGGUAAAAUAUAAGGAAUCAUCCCUGAACACUAUUCCUGGAGCAUUGUCAGCGUGGAUUGAGGAUGAAUGUUGUUAUGUGUGAACACUAUUCCUGGAGCAUUGUCAGCGUGGAUUGAGGAUGAAUGUUGUUAUGUGUGAACACUAUUCCUGGAGCAUGGUCAGCGUGGAUUGAAGAUGAAUGUUGUUAUGUGAGCCACACUCUUGGAAAACAAAGCUGCGUUAAGUGUCCUCACAGAUUUGCCUGAACGAUUCACACAGGCUGUUUAGGGUUGACACUUUACCCUUUGACAUGACUUUUCGUUAAAAGCAAGUCUUGUUUUAAGCGAAAAUCCAGUCUGGGCAAAAAAUGUCGUCUUUUAUUAGGGUGCGCAGACUGCACAGGCCAAAAAAGAAUGACUCUUUAGGCACAUGUAAUAAAACCUUUUUUUUCAGAAUGGGGCUCAAAUAACAAUGUCAUAUUUCUAUCCAGUGAAAUAUCAUGCUUUGCCAAUUCCACCGUUGGACUGCAUUGAUGCAUGUAGUAAUCAGUAUAAGUGAGCACUAUGAUUCUUUUGUUAUUGAGUUUUAUGAACUUUGUUAGUUUUUUAUGCUUCCUUGGUCAGGAGCCACCUUGUCUGUUAAUGAGACCAGGAAACCUUGCUUGACAUAAUAAUAGAGAAGCAUUAAAUUGUAGAAAUGGU